AUGUCAACCGAAUCCACGCGUCCGCUCCUGCUCCCUCAGAAUCGCAAGCUUCGUCAUCUACGCGGCAUCUAUCUCAGGAACUUGAGCUUCGUUCGGCCGCGUGGGCGCACCAUAGACGAUACCGCCAUCAAUAAGUCGCCAGCGAAGCUGGAGGCGCUUCGAGAUACUCAUCAAUUGCAUCACGCCGUCUCGAACGACAGCUUGCGGCAGCCCCGCGAGAGGAGGCGGAGCACCAACCUUUCCAAUGCCAGCCCCUUCACCAGGCAAAAGAGGCUCGAAUACGCCGUCGAAAAUAGAGUUGCCGACGCGUUUUUCUCCCUGCAUUGCGAAGGCGAAGAGGAAGCUAUCUACAUCAGCGAGGCCGCCGAGAGAGCCACGAACUUCAAUUUUCGCUUCUUCGAGCUCUCACAACUCGGUUCCUCGGUUACUCGGCUCCCACAAGUCACAGUCAAGGUCUGGACGAAGAAAAACAAUGCAUGGAGCUUAUUGAUUGAGGAGAAGGUCGACCUCCGCUUCCUCAACUUCCUGGGCAAUCUGCAGAAUGUGCAGUUCCCUCCCAACUCGCUCGUUUUCCACCUUAGCGAUGGAGCAUACUCUUUAGAACUCUCGAGCAAAUAUCCUCCGCCGAAGCAAACCCACGCACUGCCGACGACAUCCCACAAUGCGCUGAUGAAACUGGCCACCCUUGACAACUCGAUCCAAGAUGCUCUGGCAACGCGGGAAAUCAUUGCCCAACAGAUCAAUGACAUUCUCGCCCAAACACCAACAAACCAAGGCCCCCAGGCCGAAGACAAGCUGCAACUAACCAACCGAUACCUGGUACAGCAGCGGCGAGUUCUCCACGCAGCGCAACGAAGGAAGGCCGAGCUCCGAGAGUCGAUCGCCUCACGCCGAGCCGCGAUCCAGUCCGGCCGGUCGAUGCAGGAAAAGGCCGCGCAGGACGUGGAGAACGCGGCCGACAAGCUCACAUCCUCCAAGGAGCUCCUGGCGGCGACGACGGAGAGCAUCCGCGGCCAGCGGCGGCGCAUAUGCGAGGACCUGACGCGCAUUUACCGCAUCAACCCCGUCCCCGCGGGCGCGCCGCUGGCCUUCCAGAUAUGCGGCGUCGCGCUGCCCAACACGGGCUCGUACGACGGCUCGCUGACGCGCGGCCCGGCCACCGAGGACGCCGUCUCGGCCGCGCUGGGCCACGUCGCGCGGCUGACCGACGCGCUGCAAUACUACCUCGGCGUGCCGCUCCCGUACCCCGUCACGCCCUUCGCCUCGCGGUCGAGCAUCCGCGACGACAUCAGCGUCCUCGCCGACCCCAACCGCGAGUUCCCGCUGUACCUGCCGCGCGGCGGGUCGAGCGCCCAGUUCAGGUUCGACUACGGCUGGUUCCUGCUGAACAAGGACAUCGAGGCCCUGUGCGCCGCCCAGGGGCUCAAGGUCGUCGACAUCCGGCACACCCUGCCCAACCUCAAGUACCUGCUGUACGUGUGCAGCGCGGGCACCGACGAGCUGCCCGAGCGCAAGAGGGGCGGCGUCCGCGGCCUGUGGGCCGGGAGGCUGAAGGGCAGGGGAGGUGGCGGCGUCGGAGGCGCCGGUGACGGCGCGAGCAGCAGCGUCGAGGGGAGUCGGCGCGGCAGCGCGGACAGCGACCUCCUCUCCAAGCAGAGGGACGAGCUGAGGAGGGCGAUUGGGGACCAUGCUCGCAGCUCUGGGCCCUCCCCCGCGGUCCUGUCACCCGUCGGCUCACCGUUUGAUGACGGGGAGGCGAGGCUGACGUUGCGGACAAAGGGGUUGAGGGAGAAUGUCGUCAAGUAA